AUGGUUCGCUCAGCGUCCACCCUCUUCGCCAUCGUGGCAUCCCUCAGCUUUCAAAAAUUCACAUCAGCAGUCCCCAUAUCAGGGCUGGACCGUACCGUCAUGUCAUAUGGGCUCACGACCCGCGACAUCGAGAGCCAAAUACCAGAAGUACUCUCGAGACGAGACGAUGCAACAUCACCCGAAACCCGCGGCAAGGAGCUGCUGGACCUGCAUCAGAAAGCAAUCAAGGACAACGUCGCCGACUCGACCACCUCGUCCGACAAGAAGGACGCCACGGGCUUCGACCCGAGCGACCCGCUCAAGAGGCCGCUCGUCUUCCCAGACACCAUGUCCGGGCUCGUGCACGGCGUCACCAAGGUGUCGCUGCCGGACUGGCGCGUCAUCGCGACCGAGUGGGAGGCGGUCAGGGACUUUUCCAAAGACGACAUGGACGGGUUCGAGCCCAGCGGCAAGGCGCGCCGCAUCAAGCUGCAGCAGUCGCACGACAAGGCCGUGGUCGAGGGCCUGUACGGCGAGGACGGCGACUUCAUGGCGCUGUCGACGGCCCACUCGAGCCGGGCCGACAAGGACGUGCCCGUGUUCGAGAUGGUGUGGCAGUCGUUUGCCGACGUGGCCGGCGACAAGGUCAAGAACCUCAAGGCCAUCUACCUCAUGGACCUGGCGUCGGACGACUUCAAAAAGGUCGCCGAGCUCAACUACGAAGACACGAAACAAGACAAGGAAAGGAAGGUGACGUGGGAGAUCAAGAACAACCCGAGGCCAAAGAGGUUCCAGCGCUUCGUGGGCGCGGACCCCGUGUCGGGCAUGUUGAUGAUGCUGAUGAACCACCAUCAGAAGCUGGGGAACAAGGAGGUGACAAAGAUCAUCACCAUGCCGGCCAAGGGUAGCAGGGACCUGAGCAAGGUCACGGUUGCACUGAUAUUGGAGGAUGCAAAAUAG